UUUGAAAAACUCUUUGUUUGUGAAUAUUGGUAAUGUUAAUUGUUAACAACUCUUUUUUAAUUUGUAGGAGAUAAAAACAUUCAGAUGGCAGAUAACAGUUUUUCAGAUGGGGUUCCUUCAGAUUCCUUGGAAGCUGCUAAAAAUGCAAGUAAUACAGAAAAGCUCACAGAUCAGGUGAUGCAGAAUCCUCAAGUUUUGGCAGCUCUACAGGAACGACUUGACAGUGUCUCCCACACUCCUUCAAGCUACAUCGAGACUUUACCAAAAGCAGUCAAAAGAAGAAUCAAUGCCUUGAAACAGCUUCAAGUGAAGUGUGCUCAUAUAGAAGCCAAGUUCUAUGAAGAAGUUCAUGACUUGGAAAGAAAGUAUGCAGCAUUAUACCAGCCUCUCUUUGACAAGAGAAGGGAAUUCAUUACUGGUGACGUUGAGCCGACAGAUGAGGAGUCAGAAUGGCACAGUGAAAAUGAAGAGGAGGAUAAAUUGGCUGGAGACAUGAAAAAUAAAGUAGUCAUAGCAGAAAAAGAAGCAGCAACAGCAGAAGAGCCAAACCCCAAAGGAAUUCCGGAGUUCUGGUUUACCAUCUUUAGAAAUGUAGAUAUGCUAAGUGAAUUAGUCCAGGAAUAUGAUGAGCCAAUCUUAAAACACCUGCAGGAUAUUAAAGUGAAAUUUUCAGACCCUGGACAACCCAUGUCUUUUGUAUUAGAGUUCCACUUUGAACCCAACGACUACUUUACCAAUUCAGUCCUGACGAAAACGUACAAGAUGAAGUCAGAGCCAGAUAAGGCCGAUCCCUUUUCCUUUGAAGGUCCUGAAAUAGUUGACUGUGACGGGUGUACUAUUGACUGGAAGAAAGGGAAAAAUGUCACGGUCAAAACAAUCAAGAAGAAGCAGAAACACAAGGGUCGAGGCACCGUUCGAACAAUCACCAAACAAGUCCCCAACGAUUCCUUUUUUAACUUCUUCAGUCCACUCAAAGCAUCUGGGGACGGAGAGUCACUGGAUGAAGAUUCCGAAUUCACAUUAGCCUCCGACUUUGAAAUUGGACACUUCUUCCGUGAGCGGAUAGUCCCUCGGGCUGUGCUCUACUUCACGGGGGAGGCCAUAGAGGAUGACGACAAUUUUGAAGAAGGGGAGGAAGGAGAAGAGGAGGAAUUAGAAGGUGACGAGGAGGGAGAAGAUGAGGAUGAUGCCGAAAUUAACCCUAAGGUGUAAUUUUUGUCUGUUAAUCAUUCAUACGUUUCUAGAAGGAGCCCAGCCAGCCCUCAGAGUGCAAACAGCAGUGAGGAGCAAGCGCACCUCUCCGGCGUGGCUGCUGCCUGCAGAUGCCUGGCGGGACUCGGCACGGCUGCACGCGGUUGGAUUGGCAGCGCUUAUGUCUAACUCGUUUUCAAGUGCAUGAUUUUCACUUUCACUUUUCCUUUUUCUUUAUUAUUUUGCUUAACCUAUACAGUGGCAACUUAAAUGCAUUUCAGAAAUAGGAGGUUUAAUGCCAGCACCCUCUAUGGUCUUGGGUGCAGCUCAGUGGACUUUCCCAGGUCCUGCCUUGGGGAGGGCCUUGCAGACCACGUGGGGGUGGGGGGUAGAAGGUCACCGACGCCAAGGACAGAUGCCUGGGGCUGUGGUUCCAGGGCACCUUGAAUCCAUUGACACCACUCCCGCAUCGGACUGAUUCUCCUUUCAUUUGAAGAAACCCACAUGCUUUGUCUCCAGCCACUUGAUGUUCUGCACUCUCAUCGCCUCCAGGGGCUGGUAGAGUAGGUCCUGUGCCCCUGAGAGUGUCUUUCUUUGGUUUUAUUGUCCUCGGGGGGGGGGGGGGGUGCACACCGACCCUGAGGCAUGAGCUUUGUGGUUCAUCCUCGUAUUUAUUUAUUCUUUCAUACUUGUGAGGGCUUGGGACACCUGCUAUUGCUCGUCCUUAGAGUUUCUGAAACCAUGUUUGUGACUAGAAACCUGGUGACUUCACCAGGAAGAGGUGGUGGUGGCCCCUACAGGAGCCAGGCCUGUGUAGAAGAAACCAUGCUCCUUCCUGCCUCCAGCUGCCGAGGCAGGAGCUUGUUUUCAUGACAUACAGACCACACUUAGCUCUGAGGACCGGGGGUGGUGGGCAGAGCCCAGGAUUUACCUGGUGGUGAGGGGCUCAGGUGGGGAAGUAUGGCUUUUCCAUUAGUGUUAAAUGUCGAGUCUUCCUUUCUCAGUAGCUCCCAUUUCUUGGCCCCACAUUCAUCUUGUCUUAAAAGCCCUGGGUUUGGAGCGACCUGUUCUUGGCUGGGUUUCCGAGUGUGUGACCGUGGUCUCUGGCAGCUGGGGGACGGUGUGUCCACACUGUGACCAGGCCUGUAGAGUGCUCAGCCUUACUUAUGAUACCUUUGUAACUGAAUACAGUGUUUUCAAUUUGUACAGAAUAGUUAGAAUAUUCUAUUAAAGUUGUGAAACAUGAA